AUGCCGGGGGCCGGGGUUGGGCUGGCGGCGGUGUGGCCGCCGUGUUCCGUCCCGUUUUCUCCCCCACCCUCCCAACCGCCCGUCCCCUCCCACCGUGGAGCCAAGUUCAAACCGCGGGCCCCGGCGGAGCGGGACGCGGCGAAGGGGCCGGGGCCGGGGCGGGCUCCCCGGAGCCGCCGCAGGAUUCUCCCCCGGGCUCUCUGCUGUGCUGUUCUGCUGCUGCUGCUGGUGGCUGUGCUGAGCAGGGGCCGGCGGUGCAGCAUCGCCGCGAUCCUGCGGCAGUACCGCGCAGUCCUCUUCCACGAGAUCCACAACCUGAAAAACCUGAGUGGGUCAGCAGAGAGGAGUGGAAGGGCUGGGCCAGCUUGUCGCUCAAACAAGGACCAGAAGAUCCUGCACUCCAUCCACAACAUCAGCAUGUCCCUGCGGGAGGUGGCGGCUGGCAGCCUGCGUGGCCCCGAGGAGCUGGCACUGUGGAAGGUGGCCAGGAACACAGACUUUGUGCUCAGGCAGAACUGCAGGAAGCUCAGCAAGAGCCCAGCACACAUCCUGGCACAGCCCUGGCACCAGAGACCUGCCCACAGGAGGAAGCAGCUGCGGGAGAUCAGGAAGAAGGUGGAGAGGUUGGUGACCUGCUGGGAGAAGCUCUACAGCCUGCAUGCCUCCCACCGUGCCCCCCGGCACCCCUAG